AUGGCGACCAGAAGAAUCAUUUCAACAGAAAAGGGAGCACUGGAUAUUGAUAGUAGCGGAUUUACGAAACCUGCGGAGGGGAAGAGCAAUAUUUCACCUGCAGUCCCUGCACAUGUAAUUGUUAAGUUACUGGGCUUUACCCUGGCAAUGAUAGUGUGCCCCUUGGGUACAUAUUUUUUGUCGCUGAAUACUCUCUUCAAAGGCAACUCCACGUGGGCUGGUGCCUCGGCAGCACUGAUGGCAAACGUCGUGUUGAUAGGCUACGUGGUGGUUGCAUUCAACGAAGACCAGACGGAUGCUAUCGAAGCAGCAGAGAAGGAAUCAAAGAAAGGGAAGUGA